UCUCUCUCUCUCACCUUCUCUUUUCUUAUAGAUUCAAAUUUUUUCAAAAUUAGGGCUUUCAAUAUACAUGACGUAAUCAAAUGAUAUAUUAUAUAUAAAUAUAAUUACUAGAAUGAUGAUGAGUAAUAGUAGUAGUAAUGCAAGUAUGAGUCUGCGUAAGGGCUCUAAAGUUUGGAUUCAAGAUAAAGACGCCGCUUGGAUCGCCGCCGAAGUUACCGCUUUUUCCGGUGGUAAACUGGUUCAAGUUGUUACUGAUUCCGGCAAACAGGUUUCGACUUCUGCUGAAAAGCUGCUACUAAGAGAUGCUGAUGCAGACUAUGGCGGGGUGGAUGAUAUGACCAAAUUGGCUUAUUUGAAUGAACCUGGUGUGCUUGACAAUCUUAAGAAACGUUAUGCUCUUAAUGAGAUAUAUACAUACACAGGAAGUAUCCUAAUUGCUGUUAACCCAUUCACAAAGCUUCCCCAUCUUUAUAAUGUGCACAUGAUGGAACAAUAUAAAGGAGCUCCUUUUGGUGAGCUUAGUCCCCAUGUAUUUGCUGUGGCAGAUGCAUCUUACAGAGCAAUGAUGUGUGAUGGAAAAAGCCAGUCAAUAUUGGUUAGUGGAGAAAGUGGGGCUGGAAAAACUGAGUCAACAAAAUUGAUUAUGCAGUAUCUUACUUAUGUUGGUGGUCGUGCCGCCAGUGAUGAUAGAACGGUUGAACAACAGGUCCUUGAAUCGAAUCCCCUUUUGGAGGCAUUUGGGAAUGCACGAACUGUUAGAAAUGACAACUCAAGUCGUUUUGGGAAGUUCGUCGAGAUUCAGUUUGAUGCAAAUGGCAGAAUUUCCGGUGCUGCAGUUAGGACUUAUCUACUUGAGCGAUCUCGUGUAGUCCAGAUUACUGAUCCCGAAAGAAACUACCACUGCUUCUAUCAGUUGUGUGCAUCUGGAAGAGAUGCAGAAAGUUAUGAUCUAGGUCAUCCAAGCAACUUCCAUUACUUAAAUCAAAGCAAGGUCUAUGAGUUGGAAGGCGUGAGCAGUGCAGAGGAAUACGUGAAGACCAGAAGGGCUAUGGAUAUUGUUGGAAUAAACAAUGACGAGCAGGAAGCCAUAUUUCGUACUUUGGCCGCCAUUCUUCAUUUGGGCAACAUAGAAUUUUCUCCUGGGAAAGAGCAUGAUUCAUCGGGGGUGAAGGACGAGAAAUCUAAGUUUCAUCUACAUACUGCUGCUAGACUUUUUAUGUGUGAUGUAAAACAUUUGCUGGCAACUCUGUGUACACGUUCCAUUCAAACUCGUGAAGGGAUCAUAAUCAAAGCUCUUGAAUGCGAUGCUGCUGUGGCGAGUCGUGAUGCUUUAGCAAAGACUGUUUAUGCUCGACUGUUUGAUUGGCUUGUCGAAAAGAUCAAUAAGUCGGUAGGGCAAGAUCAUAAUUCUCGAAUGCAAAUUGGAGUUCUUGAUAUAUAUGGAUUUGAAUGCUUUAAGCAUAACAGUUUUGAGCAGUUUUGCAUUAAUUUUGCCAAUGAAAAGCUUCAACAACAUUUUAAUGAGCAUGUAUUUAAGAUGGAGCAGGAGGAAUACCGGAAAGAAGCAAUUACUUGGAGCUACAUUGAGUUUAUAGAUAAUCAAGAUGUUUUAGAUCUCAUUGAAAAGAAGCCUAUAGGUGUAAUUGCUCUACUGGAUGAAGCUUGCAUGUUUCCCAAGUCAACACAUGAAACAUUUGCAAAUAAGCUUUUCCAGAAUUUGCGUGCCCACCCCAGGUUAGGCAAGGCGAAGUUCUCCGAGACCGAUUUUACCAUUUCUCACUAUGCUGGCAAGGUCAAUUAUCAAACGGAUUCCUUCUUGGAAAAAAAUCGUGAUUAUGUCGUCAUUGAUCACUGUAACUUGAUGUCUUCAUCAAAGUGUACUUUUAUCGCUGCUCUUUUCCCGGCACUGCCAGAAGAAUCUUCUAGAUCAUCAUACAAAUUUUCUUCUGUGGCAUCUAGAUUUAAGCAACAACUACAAGCUCUCAUGGAUACCCUCAGUUCAACAGAGCCACAUUAUGUUCGCUGUGUGAAGCCAAACUCAGUGAAUCGGCCUCAGAUGUUUGAGAAUCAGAGUGUGUUACAUCAGCUACGUUGCGGGGGUGUUUUGGAGGCUGUCCGAAUUAGCCUGGCAGGUUAUCCUACCCGUAAAACCUACCAUGAGUUUGUAGAUCGGUUUGGAAUCAUUGCCAUGGAAGUUAUGGAUGGAAGUUACGAUGGACGGGCCAUGACCGAAAAAAUUCUGCAAAAACUUAACCUUGCGAACUACCAGUUGGGAAAAACCAAAGUUUUUUUGAGGGCUGGUCAAAUUGGUGUUUUGGACUCUCAACGUGCUGUGGUCUUGGAUUCUGCUGCAAAGCGCAUCCAGUUUCGACUUCGGACAUUUAUUGCACACAAGGAUUUUACAUUGAAGCGAGCAGCUGCAGUUUCUUUCCAAGCAUAUUGCAGAGGAUAUCUUGCUAGAUGUAUAUAUGCUGCAAAACGAGAAGCUGCGGCUGCCAUUUUGAUACAAAAAUCUAUUCGUGGAUGGCUUCUGAAGACUGCUUAUGCGCAGAAGUAUCUCUCUGCUUUACUCUUGCAAGCAAGCAUCCGUGGUUUCACUACUCGUCAAAGAUUUCUGCAUAUAAGGGAGCACAGGGCUGCCAUUGUAAUUCAGGCUCGCUGGAGGACAUUCAAGAUUCGUUCUGCUUUUCGUCAUCGUCAGCAUGAUAUUACAAAAAUACAGUGUCUUUGGAGAAGAAAGUUGGCAAAGAGAGAGCUCAGGAAGCUUAAGAAGGAAGCUAAUGAGACUGGUGCCUUGCGCCUAGCAAAAUCUAAGCUAGAAAAGCAGCUGGAGGAUCUCACGUGGCGCUUGCAACUGGAGAAAAAAUUAAGGGGUUCAACUGACGAGUCUAAGUCCGUGGAAAUUGCAAGACUUCAGAAAACAGUUCAAUCGUUGGUCCUUGAGCUAGAUGCUGCGAAGUUGGCUACAGUGAACGAGUGCAACAAGAAUGCAGUGUUGCGAAACCAAUUGGAAAUGUCGGUGAAAGAAAAAUCUUCGUUGGAAAGAGAAAUAACUGUAAUGGCUGAUCUGCGAAAUGAAAAUUCAUAUUUGAAGAGUUCAUUGAGCACAUUGGAAGAGAAGAACACAGCUCUACAGGCCCAGCUCACUGAGGCUAAAGAAGAUGCAUCCAUUAACCUCAAGAAAUUAAGGGAGGUUGUGAAUACAUGUUCGCAGCUCCAGCAGAAGUUAAAAAGUUUUGAGGAGAAGCUAUCAAGUAUGGAGAAUGAAAACCACGUUCUAAGACAGAAGUCCUUCAAUACCCCUUUGAAAGGGAACUGGGCAAGUAACACCAAGCCAUUUCUUGAGAAAUACUCUGGCUCACUUGCUCUUCCCUUCUCAGAACGAAAAUCUAUAUAUGAAACACCAACGCCUACCAAAAGUGGAAAUCCUAUUUCUUCAGCUUUGACUGAUUCACGUCGGUCAAAGAUGGCUACUGAAAAACACCAGGAGAACUCGGAAAUCCUGUCACGGUGCAUUAAAGAGAACUUGGGAUUCAAGGAUGGAAAACCUGUGGCUGCUAGUGUUAUAUAUAAAUGUCUUCUACAUUGGCAUGCCUUCGAGUCGGAAAGGACUGCUAUAUUUGACUUCAUUAUUGAGAAUAUCAAUAAUGUUCUUAAAGUGGGGGAUGAAGGUGUUACAUUGCCUUACUGGUUAUCUAAUGCUUCAGCUCUUUUAUGUCUGCUGCAAAGGAAUUUCCGCUCCAAUGGUUUUCUGACACCUAUUUCUCAGCGUUCUGGUGUGUCCUCUUUGCCCAAUGGGAGGGUUGCACAGGGCUACACCCCACACAAGUACAUUGGAUUUGACGAUGGAAUCUCAACAAUGGAAGCACGUUAUCCAGCAAUAUUGUUUAAACAACAGUUAACAGCUUGCGUGGAGAAGAUAUUCGGAUUGAUAAGAGAUAACUUGAAGAAGGAAAUAUCCCCACUUUUAAAUUCAUGCAUCCAAGCUCCCAAAAACCAACGAGUACAUGGUGCUAAAUCAUCUAGGUCACCUACUGGUAUUCCGCAGCAGGCUGCUGGUAGUCAGUGGGAGAAGAUCAUAGAAUUCCUGGAUUCUCUUAUGGAUCGAUUACGUGCAAAUCAUGUACCUUCGUUUUUUAUUCGCAAGCUUACUACACAGGUUUUUUCAUUCGUCAACAUAUCGCUUUUCAACAGUCUUCUAUUGCGGCGGGAAUGCUGCACAUUUUCCAAUGGGGAAUAUGUCAAAUCUGGUCUAGCAGAACUGGAGAAAUGGAUAGCCAAUGCGAAGGAAGAGUUUGCAGGAACUUCUUGGCAUGAACUAAAUUAUAUCAGACAAGCAGUUGGGUUUCUGGUAAUUCACCAGAAACGCAAGAAGUCUCUAGAAGAAAUCAGACAGGACCUGUGUCCGGCAUUGACCGUUCGGCAAAUAUAUCGGAUAAGUACAAUGUACUGGGAUGACAAAUAUGGGACCCAGAGUGUAUCAAACGAGGUAGUUGCUGAGAUGAGAGAGAUAUUGAACAAGGACUCUCAGAAUCUUACAUCCAAUUCAUUCUUGUUGGAUGAUGAUUUGAGCAUUCCAUUCUCUACAGAGGACAUAUACCUGGCGAUUCCCGCUGUUGACCCUACAGAUAUCGAGGCCCCUGCGUUCUUAUCUGAAUAUCCUUCAGCACAGUUUUUACUUCAAAAUCCAAAGUAACUUUCCUGGCGUGCAAUGUGCAUAAGAUAAAAGCCAAGGUCUUGAUCAGAUGCCUAUUUAUGCGUGUCUCUGGUGUACGACUGGCUUAGCGUGUGUAUCUGUUAUGUAGGAGUGGUGGAAGUGGAAAUGUAUUGUUUCUGUAUUUGUUGUUUAGUUUUAGGAUAUGUAGGAUGGCAAGGCCAGGUUCAUGUAAAGGGCCACGCUGUGAAUUAGACCAUUAGUGUAAAUUCAUAUUAUUAUAUUGGAAAAACAAUCUUUUUUAUUCA